AAGAUAAUAAAAGUGUAAACGACGAGAAUAGACGUCGGUGAUUUAGAAAAUUUCUUCGGGGAAUAUCAAUGAAUUGUAGAAUAACGAAACGAGAGCACAUCGAGCUAUGAUAUGAGAGUACAAAGGUAGCGAGACCUGCGCGUGGUGUUCUAGAGUUCAGGAACUCACAAUCAGUCGUACCCAACAGCCUCUAGCCGUCGUGUCGUCGAUCGUGUCGGUCUCGGUAUAUUACCAGUAAAUCGAACAAGUUAUCUUCGAGAUACCGAGAUACCGAGGAACCGGAAAUUUUCGGAGAAUAUAUAAUUCGAACCGAGGGGAAUUCCCACGUCGCGUCGAGUCGUCGAAGAAUCUCGUGCGCCGACAGUUUUUCAAUUCAUUCGGUUGCCCUACUUUUUGGUCACCUCGAACUUUUCGAAAUGGAAAAGGUCAAGUGCGAGCAUCGUGCGGCGCAAAUGUACUACCUACCAAACGUUUAGGUCGCAAGAAUCUAGGGGGCAAGGAGAGCAAUUAACGGAACACAAAGUGGCUUUGAAACAAAUAAAGAACGAAAAACGGAAAAUCGAUGUGUUACCGUGUGAGUUACUAGCAGCGUGUACCGUAACACGUGAGUGAAGUUUUGACAUUGCAGGUAUCGUGAUUUAUCGGAACAGGAAAUAAAACGCGUCCAUCAGAAACGCAACAACUGAAAUCGGCCGAGCGAGAUCCUCAAUCGGGAAGCAGCAGCUACCGCAGAUCCAUUUGCGGGAAAAUCUUUUGCGUGGGGUUACAUAAUUUCGAAAACCGAUAUACGCGCCUACACUGUAUCUCAAGAGUCACGAUAUGGAAGAUCUUCAAAGGGAAAAUCGUAUGCGGUGAAGCGCGAAUGGAUUAUUUGCAUUUUCGACCAAGUGCGAAUAAAACUCAGCAAAAGUGACCAGCGAAAUAAACUCUAAGAAGACACAGUUCGAGCUCGUCCGGGUGAUUAAAAAUUCCCAACUCUCGAAAAAAAAAAAGAAAUUCGGAAAUUGCAAAACUCACGCAAGACUCGUGCCAAUUUCUCCCACGUAAUAUUCGCUCCGAUGCAAAUGUUCGAUAAAUCAAUUGAUUAAUCUUUCGAAGACUGCGGUGUGAAAUUACAGGGGUGAUAAUUACCACGAAACAAAAUUAGACGGAGAAUGAUAAAUUAACGGAUCGAUAAAUAAAUUUUCAAAAUAUAUAAAGUGAAAGUUAUAGUGAUGUGGGUGUCAGGUGCACCUCCUAGUGAAGAAUUAGGUACGAGAAAUUCCUUUUAGUCGGAAUUGUAGGGACAACCGACUAUAAAUAAAAAUAAUUGUCCAGGAUGAAGAAAAUUUCCAGGCAUCCGUGGCUGCAAGCUUUCUGGCCGCUGAUCGCGCUUCUCUCUCAUCAAUCCGAAUGCGUGGCCAAAUCUGGGAGCGGUGGAAACGUAGUCGAGCAUCACCAGCCGUCUUAUUGGGAACAACCACCCUUUAGUCAACCAUAUUUUGACAAUACCACCAAAAGGGAAACUACAACGACGGUCGGGCAGUCCGCCUACCUUCACUGCAGAGUCCGAAAUUUAGGAGACAGAGCGGUGUCGUGGAUCAGGAAACGGGACUUGCACAUUCUUACCGUCGGUAUAUUGACGUAUACCAAUGACCAACGGUUUCAAUCUUUGCACAGCGACGGCAGCGACGAAUGGACGCUGAAGAUAAGUUCGCCUCAAGUCAGAGACAGCGGUGUAUACGAGUGUCAAGUAUCAACUGAACCAAAAAUCAGUCAGGCUUAUCAACUCAGUGUAGUGGUAUCCAAGGCUAAGAUUAUAGGGAAUCCGGAACUCUACAUCAAGAGCGGAAGUGACAUAAAUCUGACCUGUAUUGUACUUCAAACGCCGGAGCCUCCGUCGUUUAUUUAUUGGUACAGAGGCGAGCACGUCAUAAACUACAGUCAACGGGGUGGAAUAAGCGUUGUAACCGAGAAACAAACGAGGACAUCAAGAUUGUUAAUUUCUCGAGCGCUGCCAGCGGAUUCGGGGAAUUACACGUGUGCCCCGUCGACGGCUGAAUCGGCCAGCGUCAUGGUGCACGUACUCAAUGGUGGGAGAACAUCCGGCGGCAAUGCAGCACGGAAAUUCUAGUAACAGUGGCGCAGCAACAAGGACAUUAGCUUUACUCUUGCUUUUAAUUCACGCGGGUUCUUUCGCGAGGUGACUGACCGAUGGCUAACUGGCUUAUUGACUCUGUAAAUAAAUAAAUAACACGCAACCUGAUGAAGAUUAUUUCAUACACAACCGAAAAUCCGGAUGGCCUGUACGAGCCAAUUGUAGAAUCAUCCGCAUCUGUCUGAAUAAAACUUGUUUCUUUAUAAAUGAAGUUCGUAAGUUAAAAGGCACAAAAAAAAAAAGUAAUAUCCUCAAACAGAAUCCGCGAGAGUCUCUCUCUUUUUGAUAUAAUUAAUCCUCCCCCCACACAAAAUUCGCGUGAAAGACAAAAACAUGUAAAUUAAUAUCUCCUGUAAUGGCGUAUGAUUCCCUUGUUGCUGAUGACUAUAAAAAAAACAGAAGCACUCUAUUACAUACCAGCUGUGGUUCUUCGUAAUUUUAAUAUAAAAAAAAAAAAAAAAAAUAACAUAUGUGUAUAAUAUAACAUAGCAUCUAUAAAAGAAGUAAAAUUAUAUAUAUAAAAAAGAAAAGAAAAACAGAAAAUCGGUAUAUAAGAAGAGAUGGUUAAAUUAUGAUUAAAUGUAAUUGAAUGAGUAAACAUAGAUCGCGAUAAUAUGAAAAAAAUUCAUAGUCGGAAUAAUAAUAUUAAUUUCUAAUAACCGUAAGAUAAAACAAAAGAUCUUGCGUGACAGAGAAAAAUCGAAAAAAAUAAAAAUGGUAAAACUUACGAGAGACGUCUGUAAAUAAUAUUGAGAAAAAAAAAAAAUUGUACAGUGUGGAGUGUUCGUUUUUGAUAGAAAAGAAUUGAAUAAUAACAUAACCGAAUAGAAAAUUUAUAAACGUUGAUCAAAAAAUGAGAGAUAAAUUUUCUCCUUGAUUAACUAAUAAAAAAACAGUCGAAUAGGGGAGAAAGAGAAGAAAAGAAUAAUCGUACAAAAUAUCUACGUAAAAUAAUUGAUCGAUUGAAUAUCAAUGAAGUUGUAUAUUAAUUAGAAAAUCAUUAUGAUUAUAAACUUCGUGAUCCUUAUGAAGAUGAAUGCAUAAGAAAAUGAUAAUGUCUGUGUGUAAUAUAAUCCAUGCGAUGAAUACGAAUGUGUAACGGAAAAAGUCAAGAGUAAAAGAAAAAAAAAAUUUAAAGAUGAGAAGAGUGAUAUAAAACUAUGUGAAAAAGGUGAAAACCGUGCUGAAAAUAUUGAACUUUGUCGCAUGGGAGGUAUAUAUAUAGAUACAUUAAUUAUAAAUGUGAGAAAUAAACUGAUGAACAAAUUUGAACGCUUGGCUAGUUGAUGUAAUUAUAAUAUAAUGAUAAAUAUAUAUAGAUAUACAAUUAAUAUAACUGUACACCUAAAUUGCCACCAGUGUAAAAAUUUAAAACUGUUUCUAAUAUAUAAUUUCAAAUAAAGAGAAUUAAUUAAACGGAAAAAAAGAAAAAUUAUGACGCAGAACGAGAAAACUGACAAACCGCCAUAAGUCCAGUGUUGUGUAUAAUAAUAUCAAUGGUUAUAACAAAAAUUAUGAAAUAUUAUAAAAAUAUAAUAUUAAAUCAAUAAAUACUUAUUAAAAUUGACUGUUUGAUUACCGAAUCACGAGACCAUCACAUAUCCAUGUGUAAUAUAUAAGUACAUAAAUUUUAGGAUACGUAUAUAAAUACAUAAUGAAAUAUUAUACGAAUAAAUAAUUAAUAAAAUAAUGUAUACAUGUAUUCUGUAUAAGAUUUACCGGUUCACUUAUAUGUACGUUGAUGUUAAAUGAUCAUUUUUCAAUUUUUUUUCGCCACUAGGGAUCGUCAGAAUUGGAUCGCGAAAAGCCAACAUUUUUGAAGAAAAAAACAAACUCGUGCAAUCGAUAUAUUCUUACCAUGCGUGCUGUGCUUCUUCACAUUUUCCCAAAAAUUUCAGAGAACAUUUUUGUUUACCAGUCAACACGAUUUUACUCGUUAUCGUUCAUUCGGCAAGAUAUGUAAAAUACAAAACGAACACCAUUUUAUUGUGAAAACUCCAUUUUGAAAUUUACUGCCGCACAUUAAUUUGUCAUACCAUAUUCACCUUGAGAGACGGAAUCAGCCAAAAUUUCUAUCUUAUCGUCGAAGUUCUCCUUUUUCUUAAGCUCUUUGUGUCAGUCAAAAAAUACCCCGUGAUAUAUUUUCAAUGGAGAGAACGAAUAGAAGCAAGAAACCUGAAACCUGAAUUAAAAGAAGUGGUAACCAUCGUCUUAUUGCGCUCAUAAUAACCGACUAACACUAAGAUUUCCAAGGAUUUUAUCUGACUAAUAUUUGCUUAAAGCUUAUCCACGCCACCUUGCUUCUAAUUAUAACGGUAUGAAUGAAAUAUAAGACGGGAAAUAUUAAAUAAUAAAACUGACUUUCGCCUUUCAUAUGAAGAAAAGUAGGCAACUGGAACUCGGGCGAGUUCAUUAUGUAACAUAUCUUCUUUCUCGUUCCAAAGAGAAAAACCUGGAGUGGAAAAGAAAAAGAAAACCAGUUCUGCCCUGUACCAUUAUAUAAUUGCUGAAUCAUUUUUCGUUUUACCAUCGCUGGUUUUUCAUCACAUUUACUUUUGGUAGAUUUUUUUUUUUUUUUUCAUCUCUCAAUCAUUCAAAAAUCCUAUACUAUGCUCGAUACCAUAAUUUUACAAAAAAAAAUAACUAACAUGUUGUAACAUAGAUGAUACAACAACAAUAAUAAUAAUAAUUACGAUAACAUUAACAUUAAUGGUAGUUAGGCUUUAGGUAUACCUAUCUAUAACAAAUAUAGUUACUGGAAAGCGGACGAAUGUGUUUGAAAGGUGAAAAUAGAAAAUUGAGAAAAUUCAUAGUAUUGUAUGACAAUAUAAAUCCGCUCAGCGUUCAGGAAUUUCUACUUUUUUUUUUACCCCCAAUUGUUUUGUCAAAAUAAAAAUAAAUCGCAAAAAUAAGGACCGACCGAAAACCCUUUUUUCGAAAAAUAUUUGUUUCAUUGUUUUUCUCUCCUUUUUUUUCUCAUUAGUUUAAGAAUAUGUAGGAACUUCACAUGCAUUCCAUUCAUGUGCAAUGAAAGAGAGAAAAAAUGAGUGAAUAACGCAUGACUGAAACGAUAGUGAAUAUAGGUAUUACAUGUAUGUAUGUACGUCACAGCUAUCCCUUGAAAAUAAUAAAUGUAUAUAUAUUGUAUUAUUGAAACAUUUAAUGUAUAUAUUGAAAUGAUUAUGUCGAUUCUAUCGCAUCAUCGAUCCAUACAUCAAUGGCGUAUCGAUAUUUGAAAAAGAAAAAUAAAUAACUAAAUAAUUGUAAUAGGAAAUUCUGGUAUACAUAAACUAGAAUAUAUAUACAAUAAUGCAGUCGUAUUAUUAUUGAUAUCAGAAGCCAAAACAGGAAGAAAAUAGUUGAUGCAGAAUAAAUAAUGAUAACAUCAUUAAUGAUUUGUGGAAAAUAAAAACAAGUUUGAACAUUUUUUUUCGAGAUAAUCGAGGAUGAUUAUCGAUUAGGUUAUCGGCACAAAUGAUCAUCGCGUGAUUUUACAAGGGAUCAAGAGUCGAUUUGAAAUAAUAUUAACAGUAACGACGACGGCAACGAUAAUAAUGAUAACAAUAA